GAUCAGAACCAGAUGGAGAACUCAGUAACAAACAGACCGACGAGCAGGAUCCUGACCGCAGAGGAUCUGGAAGUCUUUCAGAGCUCGGAAACGUACAAUUCACUUUUGCAGUUCAUUCUCGAUCUGCGAGAGGCGUGCACCGGACGACCAAACUCGUUUCCCUGUGCGGUUUCAAAGAAUGUGGAGCAAGUACUGGAUCUUCUAGAGAAGAUCGAAACAAUAUCAAAGCAGCACCCGGCAGUUGAAAAUGAAAAGUCGCGGUUCGGCAACCCGGCAUUCCGCGACUUUUACGAUGAUCUCGAGACACAACUAUUUACAAACAACCUCCUAACCACAUCUCUCUCUUCAUCUGACAUUCAGUCAUCCGACGGACUUGUUGAUCUGCAAACCUACCUCCUCCACUCGUUUGGAAAUCGCACGCGGAUCGACUACGGAUCAGGACACGAGCUCAACUUUAUAUGUUUUCUACUCGUGCUCUUCAAGCUUGGAGUGUUUACAAAAGACGAUUUCCCUGCUCUUGUCCUGCGCGUGUUUAACCGGUACAUUGCGCUCAUGCGCGUGCUGCAGUCAGUCUACUGGCUUGAACCGGCAGGUUCCCAUGGCGUAUGGGGUCUCGACGACUACCACUUUCUUCCCUUUCUGUUUGGCGCCGCGCAGCUCUCUACCCACAAAUACCUGCGUCCGCGGAGUAUACACGACAACGACGUGCUCGAGUCGUACGGGAAGGAGUACAUGUACCUUGGCGCGAUCGCGUUCAUCAACAGCGUAAAGACCGCGUCGCUGCGCUGGAGCUCGCCUAUGCUCGACGACAUCUCGGGCGUUAAGACGUGGGCUAAAGUCAGCGAGGGAAUGGUGAAGAUGUACAAGAACGAGGUGUUGGGCAAAGUCCCAGUCAUGCAGCACUUUUUGUUUGGAAAGAUCUUGUCUGUUGUUGGUGAGCUUCCGAGCGAGAGGGCUCCUCGGGCAAGUAAAGAGGAGGAUACUCAUCACGAGGGACAUGUACAUGGUGAGGGUAUCUGGGGUGAUUGCUGCGGGAUCAAGAUCCCCAGUUCGAUUGCUGCAAGUCAACAGGGGCAUGAGGGUCAAUUGCGAACGAUUCCUGGUGCAAUUAAGCCCAUACCGUUUGAUUGAUUGUAUAUGAUGAUGAUAUAUUCAUUUUUAAGUCCGCUGCAACUAGGUUAUGAAAGUUACAUGGAUGUAUUAUAUGGUUUAUAAUAGGUACUAUAACUUUUAUUAU